UGUCCCCCUCUCCUCGCGCCGCCACUGAUGCGCGCGAGGGAGUCCGAUGAUUGGACGCCCCGAGCUCAUCUUUAAAACCCUCCCGGCAGAUAUGCGAGGUGCGUGUCUGUGGCUGUCCCUCACCUAUUUGGCCACCAGCCUCGACGGGUUGGGGGCACCGGAAUACAACAACUCAACCAUUUUCGGCGGGGGUCUAUUUGUGGAUGCAGAAGUGCUGCUGAACCUGUCAGACCCGUACACGCCCAAUCGGACAAAUGUCUUCUCGCUGGACCUGGACGAGGACACGCUCGCGGACUGGCGUUCCAUGGCGGGUAAAAAGCGCUACGGGGGAGAGUCCCAUAACGGGACCGUGAAAUCCCUACUGGUGGUGGCUUACUCGUUCAUCAUUGUCAUCUCGCUGUUCGGAAACACGCUGGUGUGCCAUGUGGUGAUCAAGAACAAGCGGAUGCACUCCGCCACGAGCCUGUUCAUCAUCAACCUCGCGGUGGCAGACAUUCUCAUCACGCUGCUCAACAUGCCCUUUACUUUGGUCCGCUUUGUGAACAGCAGCUGGUGGUUCGGGAAGGGUAUGUGCCACAUCAGCCGGUUCGUCCAGUACUGCUCCCUACACGUAUCCACACUCACGCUCACGGCAAUCGCGCUGGACAGACGCCAGGUCAUUCUCCACCCUCUGAGGCCCCGCAUGUCCCCAGCUCGCGGCGUUGUGUGUGUGAUUCUCAUCUGGGUCAUGGCCAGCUGCUUCUCCUUGCCUCAUGCCAUCUACCAGAAGCUCCUAACCUUCGUGUACAGUAAAGAGAAGGUGCGCAGCCUUUGUGUCCCCGACUUCCCCGAGCCCUCUGACGUCUACUGGCAGUGCAUCGACCUCCUCACCUUCAUCCUCCUCUACGUCCUACCCCUCCUCAUCAUCACCGCUGCCUACUCAACCGUGGCACGCCGCCUGUGGCGACGUAACGCUAUCGGGGACACCACCACUGCGCAGUUCGCUGUGCAACGGCGGCAGCGUAGGCGCACCCUGGCUAUGUUGUUGGCGGUUGUUGGGGUGUUCGCGGUUUGCUGGUUCCCUCUGAACUGCUACGUGGUGCUUCUCUCCAGCCAGGCCAUUCAGUCAUCCAAUGCCUUGUAUUUCUGUUUUCAUUGGCUGGCGAUGAGCUCGACGUGUUACAAUCCCUUCAUCUACUGUUGUCUGAACCCUGCCUUCCGCCAGGAGCUAAAGCUGCUAUUGGGCAUGUGCUGGAGGAGGGGGCGUGGAGGGGUGGGGCCGGUGCUGGUGGCUCCGCCCUCCUGCGCACCCUGCCACAGAGCCGCCUGGCCGGAGAGCCGCACCUGCUCUCGGCCGAACAGGCAUGUCCUCUUCUCCGCUAGACAUGCCCAUAAAACAGACAUUCUAUCAGUGGAGCCCAUAGUAGCUGUCAGUUAACUACAACUACCAGAAUGCACUUGGGUUGGGAUUGAGUGAAUGAUUGAGUUUAUUUGACAAUUAAAGACAUGUAAAGUUGCUGCAUUUGGAGGUGAGUCCUGUUGAAGGACUGCGUUAUUAGCCAAAUACAGUGGGGGCUCUUGAACAGGAAAUGUGAGAUCUUUAAACUUUCAUGACAGCGCCACCUUCAGGAAGAAAGGUCUCACAUGGAUAUGAGCAGGGGUUGGGGAGGUCUAGCAACAAAUGCAACACCGAAACCAGCAAUUGUUAGCACAUACUGUAUACACUGAGUGUACAAAACACUAAGGCACCUUCCUAAUAUUGAG